UCUUCAAACAUAGUAAAUCUCUUUGAUUUUUCAUCACCCUCUUUGUUCCCCACAGAGAAUUUCCAAAAUCCACCUUUACUUGGAACUUCAAAGCCUCUGCAGCUCUCUCUUCCUUUAGAGAACACUACAGCCUCCCUAACAGUAAGUGUUUGCAAUCCACCCAGAGUCUCUGCUCCAGCAGUCACAUCAGCAUGGCUCCUACCAUCAGUCUCUGGCACCUCUUUCCAACCUCUCAUGGGUAGUGCCUACCUUUACCAACAUUCUAGCACAACUAUGUUGUCUAGAGUUACCGGCCAGAGCCAGAUCUCCACUGCAGCUGCUUCCAAUCCUGGUAUUUUUGAGUGGGCGCUCACAGGAGGCACUGAAAAGAAGUCCUCAUCCAUCCGAGACUUCACAGUGACUGUCAUUGACCAGGACACAGCUGUUUCUUCCAUGUCGAUGGCAUCCCAGUACAAUAAAACCUCAGAUGCCACUAACAUGGUCCCUCUGUAUCCAUCACUUUCUGCCAGCCUUGUUCAUGGGGCAUCAUCUCAGAUUCCAAAUCAGGGACAGAGCUGGUCACUUCCCUACCAGGAAGGAAGUCAGCUCUAUUACUACAAUCAAGGCACACUGGGGCCUCUGCUCCCUGCAGAACGGGGCCCCUACCUGCAAUCCUAUGGCUCUGUGUCUUACACAGAGAGCAGGGCCUCUGCCCCUCAACCAGAAAUGGUCAUGGUACUAAAGGAGGUCCAGCCCACAAGUGUGAUACCACCGGCCUCCACCUCUGCAAUCUACUACUCUGUGCCUGCUCAACCCAUCACAGAGACAAGUUUUCAAGGUGAGUUCAAACAGCAAGAAGGAAGAGGAACGGGGUCACCAUUAAAAACUCGGGUCACCCAGGAAGUGGUGAGUCCACAGACAGGUAGACUUUAAGUCCUG